AUGCCGCAAUACCCAGCUUUCCUGACAAACACGCCAUUGCACCCGUCAUUCGACACUGAUAUCAAGGAUGUCCACCUGAUCUACGAUUACGAUGCGGAGAACCCGAAGACUGGAGAGCCAGAAAAGUGGCGGUACGAGAUGUGGUUUUUCUCCGCCAACCGCAUCGUCUACGCCAUCCAUGGAGGGCCAAUGGCAGGUCGCAUCAACUACCAAACCUGCACCUACCAAUGCAUCCGGCCGGGCGAGAUCUGGCAGUGCAACUGGCUCGAGGAGACCGGAACGAUCUGCUCGUUAGUCUACGACAUCAAGAACCAGAAGAUCUCGACGUUGCUGGGCUUUUCCCGAGGGCAUUGGGAGAAUGCAGAGGAUGCGCAUGGCAACAAGCGCAACCCCAAGGAUCUCGAGCGGUGGAGAGGCCUCGCCAAGAUUGGCAGCCAGAGCGAGCGCUUUAUGCUUACUGAGCAGGCUAAUAUCGUGGAACAUUUCAAGGGAAAAGGGGAUCUUGAGCCGAUUGAUCCUGACGCUUCUACGUUCUGAUGGGUGGA